CCCGGCCGCGCAGCCCCGCGGCGCUGGGCUCGGCCGAGCAUGGAGCAGUAGCGGCUCAGCGCCCGGCCGCUCCGCACCGUCCCGCACCGCCGGGCCAUGGGCGCGGAGCGCAGGGGGGAGGCGGCUGCGCCCCGCGGUGGCUGCGCCUGCGGCGGCGGCGGGAGCUGGCGGCUGUUCCUGGGCUUCUUCGCGCUGUCGCUGGCGCUGCACGUCCUGACGCUGGGCUGUUACCUGGAGCUGCGCUCCGAGCUCCGCCGGGACCGCGGCCCGCAGCCCGCAGCCCCGCCGCGCCGGGACGGGACGGCGGCAGCCCCGGGCUCCCCGGCCGCCGGGCGCCCGCAGCGGCCCCCCGAGGGCGGGGAGCGGCGCCAGCAGCUGGCCUUGCUGAACUUCUUUCACACUGAAGAAAAGCUGCACGUGGGAGAAGAAGGCAGACGCGUCCGGCGAAAUAAAAGGAGUAAAGGCAGCGAGGGGCCAGACGGUCCAAGUUCAGUUAAAAACAAGAAAAAGGGUAAGAAGGCUGGUCCUCCAGGGCCCAACGGUCCCCAAGGGCCACCAGGUCCUCCUGGGCCCCAGGGUCCCCCCGGCAUUCCUGGCAUCCCGGGGAUUCCAGGCACAACCGUGAUGGGACCACCUGGCCCUCCUGGCCCCCCAGGCCCUCAGGGACCUCCUGGCCUGCAGGGCCCCUCAGGUGCCACAGACAAGGCCGGCUCCAGAGACAUCCAGCCAGCUGUGGUCCACCUUCAAGGCCAAGGCUCUGCAAUCCAAGUGAAGAAUGAUCUUUCAGGUGGAGUCCUCAAUGACUGGUCUCGCAUCACUAUGAACCCCAAGGUGUUUAAGCUGCAUGCCCGCAGUGGGGAGCUGGAGGUACUGGUGGACGGCACAUACUUCAUCUAUAGUCAGGUAGAAGUCUACUACAUAAACUUCACAGAUUUUGCCAGCUAUGAGGUGGUGGUGGAUGAGAAACCCUUUCUGCAAUGCACUCGGAGUAUUGAGACCGGCAAGACCAACUUCAACACCUGCUACACAGCUGGGGUCUGCCUCCUGAAAGCCAGGCAGAAGAUUGCUGUGAAAAUGGUCCAUGCUGACAUCUCCAUCAACAUGAGCAAGCACACAACUUUCUUUGGGGCCAUACGCCUAGGAGAUGCACCAGCAUCCUAGAUGAACUUGGCGUGUCCAAGGAUACUCACAGAACUGCACAGUGCUGCUGUUCAUAAAGCCUAUCAGUAUUUCAGGGGGUUCUGUAAUCCAGCCAUAAGGAAAACUGAUCCAGAGCUAUUUAUUCCUAUAUGUGAAUGCAGGAAGCACAAUUGUCUUCUGUGACUUGCAUGGAGACUUAGAUCCAAAAAGCUAGUGGGGACAAAAAAAAAAAGCGUUGUGAGGAAGAAA